AUGAGAGAAUUGUUUGAUAUGCCUGGAACAAGUGAAACUAAUAGAGAGGUAACUUUGAUCUUAAAAAUAUAAAGUAUAAAAAUAUUGUUAAUUUUCAGAUGACUGAACCACUUGGUCGAUUGUAUACAAAAUUGCAUUACAUAUAUACAAAAAAACAAUACGACUUUUUGAUGCAUAAUUUGAAAAAUCGAGAUAUAACAAAUAGCGAAAGAGAAAAAAUAGGUACUCAAUCAUGAAUAGAAUUCUGAAAAAAAAAUUUCAAAACUUUCAGAGAAAUAUUAUGAAAUACACUGUGGACACAACUGCGAUUGUUUGAUGGAUGACAAAAACAUAAUGAGCCGGAUAGAUAACACAACGAUUAACACAAAUCCUGCCCUGCAUUCAAACCCUACCGAAUUCAAUGAAAUACCAAUACAAAACAGUACCUAUGUUCUGAGGACACACAUUCCUGGAUCAAUUGUCAACAACAUCUAUCAAUCAAAAUAUUACAAUGGUCAUUCUGAAAAUCUUCAAACACCAGUCGAAACUUCGGAAGAGCCAACUCACAUCGAUGAAAUCGUUCAAGAACACAUCGAAACAAUUCAGCCUGUUGAAGUUGUUGCCGAAACUUCUGGAGUUGAUACUCAUUCUGAAAAUAUUCAAACACCAGUCGAAACUUCGGAAGAGCCAACUCACAUCGAUGAAAUCGUUCAAGAACACAGCGAGAUUUUUAACACUGUUAAAAUUGAUGCUGAAACUUCUGGAAGCGAUGAUCAUUCUGAAAUUAUUCAAACACCAGUCGAAACUUCGGAAGAGCCAACUCACAUCGAUGAAAUUGUUCAAGAACACAGCGAAACAAUUCAGCCUGUUGAAGAUGUUGCCAAAACUUCUGGAGUUAAUACUCAAUCUGAAAAUAUUCAAACACCAGUCGAAACUUCGGAAGAGCCAACUCACAUCGAUGAAAUUGUUCAAGAACACAGCGAGAUUUUUAACACUGUUAAAAUUGUUGCUGAAACUUCUGGAGAAGAUGAUCAAUCUGAAAAUAUUGAAACACCAGUCGAAACUUCGGAAGAGCCAACUCACAUCGAUGAAAUUGUUCAAGAACACAGCGAGACAAUUCAGCCAGCUGAAGUUGUUGCCGAAACUUCUGAAGCUGAUACUCAUUCUGAAAAUAUUGAAGCACCAGUCGAAACUUCGGAAGAGCCAACUCACAUCGAUGAAAUUGUUCAAGAACACAGCGAGACAAUUCAGCCAGCUGAAGUUGUUGCCGAAACUUCUGAAGCUGAUACUCAAUCUGAAAAUAUUGAAGCACCAGUCGAAACUUCGGAAGAGCCAACUCACAUCGAUGAAAUCGUUCAAGAACACAGCGAAACAAUUCAGCCUGUUGAAGUUGUUGCCGAAACUUCUGAAGUUGAUACUCAUUCUGAAAAUAUUCAAACACCAGUCGAAACUUUGGAAGAGCCAACUCACAUCGAUGAAAUCGUUCAAGAACACAGCGAAACAAUUCAGCCUGUUGAAGUUGUUGCCGAAACUUCUGAAGUUGAUACUCAUUCUGAAAAUAUUCAAACACCAGUCGAAACUUUGGAAGAGCCAACUCACAUCGAUGAAAUUGUUCAAGAACACAGCGAGACAAUUCAGCCAGCUGAAGUUGUUGCCGAAACUUCUGAAGCUGAUACUCAUUCUGAAAAUAUUGAAGCACCAGUCGAAACUUCGGAAGAGCCAACUCACAUCGAUGAAAUUGUUCAAGAACAAAGCGAGACAAUUCAGCCAGCUGAAGUUGUUGCCGAAACUUCUGAAGCUGAUACUCAUUCUGAAAAUAUUGAAGCACCAGUCGAAACUUCGAAAGAGCCAACUCACAUCGAUGAAAUUGUUCAAGAACACAGCGAGACAAUUCAGCCAGCUGAAGUUGUUGCCGAAACUUCUGAAGCUGAUACUCAUUCUGAAAAUAUUGAAGCACCAGUCGAAACUUCGGAAGAGCCAACUCACAUCGAUGAAAUUGUUCAAGAACACAGCGAGACAAUUCAGCUAGCUGAAGUUGUUGCCGAAACUUCUGAAGUUGAUACUCAUUCUGAAAAUCUUCAAACACCAAGAGAAACUUCGGAAGAGCCAACUCACAUCGAUGAAAUUGUUCAAGAACACAGUGAGACUAUUCAGCCAGCUGAAGUUGUUGCCGAAACUGCUGGAAGUCGAUGCUCAUUCUGAAAAUAUUCAAACACCAGUCGAAACUUUGGAAGAGCCAACUCACAUCGAUGAAAUUGUUCAAGAACAAAGCGAGACAAUUCAGCCAGCUGAAGUUGUUGCCGAAACUUCUGAAGCUGAUACUCAUUCUGAAAAUAUUGAAGCACCAGUCGAAACUUCGGAAGAGCCAACUCACAUCGAUGAAAUUGUUCAAGAACAAAGCGAGACAAUUCAGCCAGCUGAAGUUGUUGCCGAAACUUCUGGAAGCUGAUACUCAUUCUGAAAAUAUUGAAGCACCAGUCGAAACUUCGGAAGAGCCAACUCACAUCGAUGAAAUCGUUCAAGAACAAAGCGAGACAAUUCAGCCAGCUGAAGUUGUUGCCGAAACUUCUGAAGCUGAUACUCAUUCUGAAAAUAUUGAAGCACCAGUCGAAACUUCGGAAGAGCCAACUCACAUCGAUGAAAUUGUUCAAGAACACAGCGAGACAAUUAACAGCUAG